CAGAUUCUGCUUGGCGCGUCUUCACUCCGAUGCUGCACCUAUCCAGCACAUCUCGCCGGCAUUGAGGUGCGUCGUCCAUUGUCUGCGACCGAGACACCAAUCGCUGGCGUCGCAGGCCACCAUCACACCAGCAAUCAUGCUGCAGCCGCGGAUACGGUCCGUCUGCUCGCAAUGCCACUCCCUCCUGGCCAUGACCAGGCGAACUUAUGCCACCGCCGCCCAACAGCCCAUCCAGGCUGCUGCAAGCACGCCAGAAGUGACGUCCUUUACGCCGCCCACGGCAUCGAUGCCCAGGCGUAACAAAGGUGGAUUUCAGCUCAAGACGUACAAGCCGCGCACACCGGGAGUCCGACAUCUUCGCCGUCCCAUCAAUGACCACCUCUGGAAGGGCAAACCACUGCGAAAGCUCACCUUCACAAAACUUGGACAUGGAAAGGGUGGUCGAAACAACUCAGGUCGAGUGGUGGUGCGACAUCGUGGUGGUGGUCACAGGAGAAGGAUCCGAACUAUAGACUACACUCGUGCGGAGCCGGGAAAGCAUCUGGUGGAGCGCAUCGAGUACGACCCGAACCGAUCUGCGCAUAUCGCUCUGGUGGAGAACGUCAAGACUAAGGUCAAGAGCUACAUCAUCGCCGCCGAGGGCAUGCGAGCUGGCGACGUGGUAGAAUCGUUUCGCGCAGGCAUUCCAAACGAGCUGUUGGCCAGCAUGGGUGGUGUUAUGGAUCCGGGCAUGCUCGCCGCUAAGACUGCAUUUCGAGGCAACUGCUUGCCUAUGCAUAUGGUACCCUUGGGAACUCAGGUGUAUUGCGUUGGCUCGACACCAGGCAAAGGCGCUGUUUUCUGUCGCAGUGCUGGGACUUAUGCUACAGUGAUCGCAAAGGAGGAAAGGGGAAAGAAGGUUAUCGAUGUAACUGUUCGGCUACAAAGUGGCGAGGUGCGGAAAGUCAGCAAAGAUGCAUGCUGUACUAUUGGCGUCGCGAGCAACCCACACCACCACUUUCGACAGCUGGGGAAGGCUGGCCGAAGCAGAUGGCUCAACAUCAGGCCCACCGUGCGUGGUGUUGCCAUGAACGCAGUCGACCAUCCUCACGGUGGUGGACGUGGUAAAAGCAAGGGAAAUGUGCAUCCAGUGUCGAUAUGGGGAACUCCGGCCAAAGGAGGUUACAAGACUAGACAUAAGAGGAAUCCUAACAAAAGAGUGGUGCAAGAAAGACCACGCAAUCAAGGAAAGAGAAGAUCGAAGGCAUAGACGACAAGUCUGGCUGUCUUCAUGUACAAAAUCCGGGCACGUCGAGGAACUCUGCAUAGGUAUUCGGCUUCACCGUACUCAUGCCUUGUGUGCAAUCUGUAGCAAUAAGCGUGACGAUACACUACUAUUCCACAGAAUCUCAAUAUCCCCUCAACAUUGCGG